UAGGUUGCGAACCACAUUGUUAGUCAAAACAAUCGCCGAAUUCAGGAUCUAUUUUUAGACAGCACGCACUAAGCUACAGUACUUUAUCAUUUUUCUUGUGCAUUGAAAAAAAAGAAAAGAUAGUUUUGGUGUUUUACUUAAGUGUCUUUCGAUUUCGGGAAGGUUCAACGACCUCAGGAUAAUUGUGACAAGAGAGCGACCGGCCAUGUUUAUAUCGUGGUGAAUUUUAAGCUAGCGGCCCGUAAUCUACAAGUAAUAUUCCACGUGUACUUGUUCAAUACUCGUAUCGUGUACCGUACGUCCAGCACGGUGUCUAAGGCUUUUGCGAGAUGGAAUCUAGCGAAAGAGAGCGAUCGAGAGUUGACCGUUCGAACGCGAAACAACCAAAGAGGAGUGCAUUGAACGAACCAAAUCGAUACCAAAAGAAGAGGGGAAGUUAGCUCGAUUUAGAGAAGGAAGGAGGAGGAGGAGGAGGAGAAGGAGGGAGAGGUGGAGGAGGAGGAGGAGGUGAUGGUGAUGGUGGUCGGCUAGUCGUUUUUUUUCGUUUCUCGAGAUGACGCGACAAGGAUAUCGUGCGUGUUUCGCUUGAGAGUAGGAUCUUUCGGAUUCGUGAAGUGUAGUAGAAGAAGGGGGAGGGGGGGUGAGAGAAAAGAGGAAAGAAAAAAAAAAGAAAAAGUAAAAGUGACGAGUGAAAACAGGAAGAUCAAGACAGCCAAGAUGAUGAAGAAGGAGAAACCGAUGAUGUCGGUGACCGCCAUCAUCCAAGGGACUCAGGCCCAACAUUGGUCCCGUGGGAACACUUGGCUAAGUCUGGACAACAGCAAUAUGUCCAUGUCCUCUGUGGGCCCGCAAAGUCCACUCGACAUGAAACCCGACACAGCAAGCCUCAUCAACCCCGGAAACUUCAGUCCUUCCGGCCCCAAUAGCCCGGGAUCCUUCACCGCUGGUUGUCACAGCAACCUUCUAAGUACGUCGCCGAGUGGCCAGAACAAAGCAGUCGCACCCUACCCGCCGAACCACCCCCUCUCCGGAAGCAAGCACCUCUGCUCGAUCUGCGGUGACCGUGCCAGUGGCAAACAUUAUGGUGUCUAUAGCUGCGAGGGUUGCAAAGGAUUCUUUAAGAGGACCGUGCGCAAGGAUCUGUCGUACGCGUGUCGCGAGGAGAAAUCCUGCAUCAUUGACAAACGGCAGAGAAAUCGAUGUCAGUAUUGCAGAUACCAGAAAUGCCUCGCGAUGGGAAUGAAGAGAGAGGCGGUCCAAGAGGAACGUCAACGUACCAAGGAAAGGGAUCAGAGCGAGGUGGAGAGCACUAGCAGCCUGCACUCGGACAUGCCGAUCGAGCGUAUCCUGGAAGCCGAGAAGAGAGUCGAGUGCAAGAUGGAGCAACAGGGAAAUUACGAGAAUGCAGUGUCGCACAUUUGCAACGCCACGAACAAACAGCUGUUCCAGCUGGUAGCAUGGGCGAAACACAUCCCGCAUUUUACGUCGUUGCCACUGGAGGAUCAGGUACUUCUGCUCAGGGCCGGUUGGAACGAGUUGCUGAUAGCCUCCUUUUCCCACCGUUCCAUCGACGUGAAGGACGGUAUCGUGCUGGCAACGGGGAUCACCGUGCAUCGGAACUCGGCGCAGCAGGCCGGCGUGGGCACGAUAUUCGACCGUGUCCUCUCGGAGCUUGUCUCGAAAAUGCGUGAAAUGAAGAUGGACAGGACAGAGCUUGGAUGUCUCAGAUCUAUAAUACUCUUCAAUCCCGAGGUCCGAGGGCUGAAAUCCAUCCAGGAAGUGACCCUGCUACGUGAGAAGAUUUACGGCGCCCUGGAGGGUUAUUGUCGCGUGGCUUGGCCCGACGAUGCAGGAAGAUUCGCGAAAUUGCUUCUACGCCUGCCCGCUAUCCGCUCGAUUGGAUUAAAGUGCCUCGAGUACCUGUUCUUCUUCAAAAUGAUCGGUGACGUACCGAUCGACGAUUUUCUCGUGGAGAUGUUAGAAUCACGAUCAGAUCCUUAGGAACAGAAGGUGUGCCGCGUCUUGGGGCACACCGAUUUAUAAAAGAUACGACAGAAAAACAAAUAUAAAUAUCAUAUAUAUAUAUAUAAUAUAUCAAAAAAGUAAAGAACAUCAUUGAAGAGAUAUAUAUAUAUAUAUAUAUGUAUGUAUGUAAAAAAGGAGAUUCCCGUUGAUAACUUCGAUAUAUGUCUCUCACAGUGAAAAAGAAAAAAAAAAAAAACGAAAUAAAAAUAGAUAUUCUCACAUAUCGAGUGAGACAGAAUUUACUUACGUUUCUCUUUUUCACUGUUUUAUUUAUAUUUCUGUUCAUUAGCGCAUUAUUAUAAUCAACGUCCUUUUCUUCGAUUCGUAUCGAGAGCAUGUCGGAAGUCGAACAAUGAAUG